GCAUAGUUCAAACUGUAUAAACCUAGAGCUAGUUUGAGAAUUUAGAGCACAGACAGAGAGUUGAUUAAAAUGGCAGAUGGUAAUGGUUUCACUUAUUUUCUUCUUAUUGUGGUAGUUUUGGUAUCGGUGACGACAGUACCUUCGACGGACGCACUCUCAACUACUUUUUAUCAUAAAGUUUGCCCGAAAGCCCUUCCCACAAUUAAGAAAGUGGUAACGGACGCUGUGAACCGUGAGGGCCGAAUGGGCGCUUCUUUGCUUCGCCUCCAUUUCCACGACUGCUUCGUUAAUGGAUGUGAUGGAUCAGUUCUUCUUGAUAGCACAUCAACAAUAGAUGGGGAGAAAACUGCAUUUGGCAAUAACAACUCGUUAAGAGGAUUUGAAGUGGUGGACAGGAUCAAGUCAGAAGUGGACAAAGUCUGUGGUGCUCAAGUUGUCUCUUGUGCUGACAUCUUAGCUGUUGCUGCUCGCGACUCUGUCGUCCAGUUAGGAGGAAAAACGUGGAAGGUAGAACUAGGCCGAAGAGACUCGACCACAGCCAGCCGAACUGAUGCUAACAAUGCCUUGCCAGCUCCUUUCAUGGACCUCCCAGCUCUCAAAACCAGCUUCCAGAACGCAGGAUUGGACGAAACAGACCUAGUUGCAUUAUCUGGAGGACAUGCCAUAGGGUUUUCUCAGUGUAACAACUUCAAAAACCGGAUUUACAAUGAAUCCAACAUCGACCCGUUAUUUGCCAGGAACCGGAAAUUAACUUGUCCUCCUUCCGGCGGGGACGCCAGACUUGCUCCAUUCGAUCCCACAGCUGUAAAAUUUGAUACGCUGUACUUCAAAAAUCUGGUGAAGAGAAGAGGAUUACUUCAUUCAGAUCAGGCCUUGUUUAACGGCGUAUCAACUGAUGCAUUAGUGAAGAAGUACAGUACUCAUGCCGGUGCUUUUGCAGCUGAUUUCGGAAAGUCUAUGAUUAAAAUGGGAAGGAACAAGCCACUGGAAGGAAGUUCAGGACAAAUUCGAUUGAAUUGCAGGAGGAUCAACUAG